ACUUAUGCGUAAGAAGCUUAUUUUUGAGUUCCAAGGUCAUAAAGCAAAACAUGUGAAAUGGCGUUAUUUCGUGCAACAACAAGGCUUUUGAAGCCUUCUUUCGAAGCAAAUAUAGCAUCGACUGUUUCAUUUUAUCACAAGAAUGUGAUCGACCAUUACGAAAAUCCUAGGAAUGUUGGUUCCAUGGACAAGAAGGACAAAAAUGUCGGUACUGGUCUUGUAGGGGCUCCCGCAUGUGGUGACGUCAUGAAGCUUCAAAUUAAAGUGGAUGAAAAUGGUAAAAUCAUUGAUGCCAAAUUCAAAACUUUUGGAUGUGGGUCAGCAAUUGCCUCCAGCUCAUUGGCCACAGAAUGGAUCAAAGGAAAAAAGUUGGAUGAUGCAGUCAAGAUCAAAAACACUGACAUUGCUAAAGAGCUGUGCUUACCACCUGUGAAACUCCACUGUUCUAUGUUGGCAGAGGAUGCCAUCAAAGCAGCUUUAAAUGAUUACAAGCUGAAAAAUCAAGAGAAAGCAACUGCAUCUGCCUAGUCACCAAGGUGAUGACUACAAGAAAAGACUAAGAAAAGUUAGGAAAGAUAAUAUGGAAUGCUGGCAUUUAUUAUUGUUGUUGAUGUAACACUUUUCCACUUGUUUGAUAUUAUAUGAAUGCUGUUCCAGUUAAUACUUGUAUAUGUACAUUUAAUAUGUGAGAAAUAUAUUGCCUCUAAAUUUUGGAUCCUUUGAAUUAUGUUUUGGUUAAAUGACUUUAAGGGCAGAUGGAAUUUUUUACCAAUAUAUUGCUAAAUAUAAUAAGCUUAUAAUAAAUAUUACCGGUAAGUAAUUUUACUAAUUUAUAAUCAAAAAGGAAUUUUUUUCAAUCAGUAAAAGCAAACUUGGAGUAUUACAUGCAUUUUGUAAAUAAAUUGUUGAUUUUAA